AGUUAUAUAUAUAUAAAUAUAUAGUAUAAUAAAUAGUUAUGGCCUACAAAUUAUUGAUAACUUUUCUAACAAUUUACGGUUUAAUAGUUAGCCUGAAUAUGGCCGCUGUUAUCGAUGUCGGCCAUCAUGUUAUAGCCAAACGUAAUGUACAACUAUCAGUGGCACCGGUAGUGGCAGCCGAGUCCAAUCAGCUGACACUGGCCGACAACAUAAUCGGCUUUCUGACAGCACUGUUAGGUCCGCUGAUUGGUUCGGCAUUGAUGCCCGUACUUGUAAUACUCCGGCCAUUGUUGAGCGUACCGAUUUUGGGCAAUCUAUUGGAGCCGAUUGUCGGUCUAUUGUUUCGUUUGUUGAGCCCAUUAGUCUGGGGACUGGCCGGUCUAUUGGGACCCAUACUGUCGGGACUAUUGACACCCAUACUCGGUGGACUGACACCAGCGCUCAGGGGUUUACUAACACCUAUACUGUUGGCUGUUAGGGGACUGUUGUGCGGUCUGUUAGGCGGCUGUGAUGGUGAUGGUGGUAGUGGUGAUCUAAGCACUGGUAGUCCAAUAGAUGAUUCAACCACUGCUGAUGAUAAUGAUGAUGACUAUACUGGAUCAGCUGAUGGUGAUGAUGAUGAUAGUUCACCAUCAAGUGAGACAUGGGAUGAGACAUCAACAGAGACAUGGGAUGAGACAUCAACAGAGACAUGGGAUGAGACAUCAACUGAGGAAAACUAAUUGAUGGAUAAAUGA